AUGACGAACCCUCAAGAAGAGGCUGUGGCUGAAAAGAAUCUGGGAAAUGCAGCAUAUAAAUUGAAGAACUUCGAAGAAGCUCAUAAACAUUAUGAUAAAGCCAUUGAACUCGAUCCUUCUAACAUUACGUUCUAUACUAAUAAAGCAGCCGCCUAUUUUGAAGAGCACAAAUAUGACGAAUGUAUUGAAGUUUGCAAGAAAGCUGUUGAAAUCGGACGUGAACAGAGGGCUGAUUUCAAACUGAUUGCGAAGUGUUAUGGUGCCAUUUCAGCCGCCUAUUUUGAAGAGCACAAAUAUGACGAAUGUAUUGAAGUUUGCAAGAAAGCUGUUGAAAUCGGACGUGAACAGAGGGCUGAUUUCAAACUGAUUGCGAAAGCCAUGGCUCGUGCAGGAAAUGCGUAUUCAAAAAAGGAAGAUUGGAAAGAGGCUCUGAAUUGGUAUGAGAAGUCCGUGUCCGAGUUUAGAGAUCCAGAAGUAGUGAAGAAAGCGAAAGAGCUGGAGAAGUCGAUCAAAGAAAGAGAGCGAAUGGCAUACAUUAAUCCUGAGUUGGCUCAGGAGGAGAAGAACUUAGGCAAUGAAUUGUUCAAGAAAGGAGACUAUCCGGGUGCUAUGAAGCAUUACAAUGAAGCUGUAAAGCGAGAUCCUGAAAACGCUAUCCUCUACUCAAAUCGCGCCGCGUGCUAUACAAAACUAUUAGACUUUCAACGAGCCCUUGACGAUUGUGAACAGUGCAUCAAACGUGAUCCGAAAUUCAUAAAAGGUUACAUCCGAAAAGGCGCUGUGCUGACCGCAAUGCGAGAGUGGACUAAGGCGAAACGAGCCUAUGAAGAUGCUCUCGCCGUGGAUCCUUCAAAUUCUGAAGCCCUUGAGGGGCUGCGUAAUUGCUUCCGUAGCAACGAUGAGGAUCCAGAAAAGGCUAGAGAACGAGCGCUUGAAGAUCCUGAGGUGCAAGCCAUACUCCGUGACCCUGGAAUGCGAUUGUUGCUGGAACAAAUGAGUCAGGAUCCUGGGGCAGUCAGAGAGCACCUCCAGAAUCCUGACAUAGCAGCGAAACUUAUGAAGCUCCGUGAAGCUGGUAUUAUUCAAAUGAGGUAA